AUGGAUACGGACGUGUGUCAAACGUUACUUCCUUUAAGGACCUCAUUUUCCAUUUUGGACAAUGAUGAAGGCUAUAAAUUUACAAAUGAUGAAGAUUUCAAAGAUUACUGUACUGAUGAAAAUUGUGAUGAUGAUAGCGCUAAAAUUAAUGCUAGAUGUUUAUAUAUUUUUAAUACAUUCUUUAAGGAUAAGUCUGUGUUUGAAAGUGUUGCAAAAAGUAACAUCAAUAUUGUUGAAUACAUUAUGAUAUGGUUAAGUUAUAUGUUAAGCCAAACCCAAAAUGGAGAAAAAGACAGUCUAAAUGAAUUUUAUACUAAACAUAUAAACAGUGGCGACCAGUAUAAAAAGAAUAUAGAAGGUGUUACUGCUUAUAAAAAUUAUAAGGAUCUUAUAGAUAGAAAUUAUUAUUUGUUAAGUAUGGAUAUGAGCAUUAUAUCUAAAUUAUAUGAUGCAUUUAAUACAUUAUGUGACACAUAUAUUGAGUUUGGUACAAACAACUCAGAUUGCACGCAAGAUUCCGAAAAAGCUCAUCAAUUUGUUGAAAAAUAUAAAAAAAUUAUCAUAGAUCAUAACAUUGGUGAAAAUAUCCGCUAUUUACAUGUAUUGAUUAAUUUAUUAACUGAUUAUGACAAUUUAAAAAAAAAUUGUGAACAUUUUCCAUCUACUCCAGAUAUUAAAAAAAUAAUUUCUGAACAACAUGUUUGUGAAGUUGCAUCAUCAAGUUCGUCGAUAGCAAGCAAAUUAAUUCCAAUUUUAUCGAUAUUAGUUGCAAUACCAAUAUUCUUGGGAAUUGCUUAUAAGUAUUCGUUAUUUGGAUUUCGGAAACGAUCUCAAAAACAACAUUUAAGAGAAAUAGUAAAAAAAUAA